AUGUACGCUCGAGUUCAUUUGAGUUUCGUCUUUAUAAUCACGCUUUCCGUGGUGCUUCCAACCGAUUGCACACCGCGGCGGAACACGCGCUACCGUCCGCCGAAGCCACGUUUCGAAGUAUACAAUCCGAAGGGUCUGAUCGCGUGGAUUCCUUCCGAUGUCGGCAUCACCCAAUUCGCAUUCUACGCAAAGUUAAACAAACGUUUUGAAGAUGAGUACGAAGUUGGCCGAUGGUCGAAAACCAUUUCUCAACCAAGGAAUGGUCGGUUUACGUUCGUUGAUCGCAAAGCGGAACUGAAACCCGGGGAUGUGAUCUACUACAAAACGGGGAUUACGCACAACAGUGUGACGUACCGUGGGAACUAUGGAUCGUAUGAGAUCACCAAGUAUAGCGGUAAUACUCCAGGAAGUGAUGGAGGUGGGGGUACUGGUCGGAAAACUACUACUACUACAAGCACAUUGCCUCCAUUUGUGUAUAAGAAUAACGAACGGAGAACCAAGGGAGUCGACCAGGAUACGUACAUUCCUUUGGGACCGUUCGAUUAUGAGUCCAAAGAGCUCGCUUCGCCUCCGUUGAUACGCACUCGAACGAUUGCAACGCAAACUAGCGCUGAAGAUCUGGGAUACAAAGAGUGUGAUAGGGCCCAAACGUAUGUAAAUGGAAGAAAAGUGUGCAGUGGAAAACUGAUCUUCGAAGAAACGUUCGAUGCCAAGGAAUUGAAUGCACAACAGUGGAGAAUCGAGAACCGAUUUGCUUCGGAUCCCGAUAACGAGUUUAUGGUCUAUGCUGAUUUUAAGGAAAAUAUUCAGCUUCGUAAUGGCAAACUCCACAUACGACCUUCGUUGUUCGAGAGCAAAUUUGGUCCGGGGUCAACCAAUACAAAAUUCAUGUUCGCCUCCGAAUGCACGGGAUUGUUAAAUUCACGGGAUUGCAUUAGAGAUCGGAAGAUCGAUUUCGACAUGAUUCCACCGGUACUUUCUGCGCAAAUAUCAACCUUCAAUUCGUUCAAGUUCCUGUAUGGGAAAAUUUUAAUUCGUGCUAAACUUCCCAGAGGUGAUUGGAUUUUUCCACAAUUAUAUCUUAAACCGAGCAAUGAAUUCUACGGUCGAGACGAGUAUGCCUCAGGUUUGAUGCGCGUUGCUUACGUUCCCGGUGGGCCAAAACUGCGGAAUCAGCUCUCCGGAGGGUUGAUUUUGAAUCACGCGGAGCCUCUGCGCUGUUCGAAGAUGUGUACUCUUACGAGACCCGGCAACUGGAAUGACGAUUUCCAUGUGUUCGGUCUCACGUGGAGUCCGGAUGGAAUCUACAUGGAAGUGGAUGACGAAAUUUACUGUCACAUCGAUCCGGAUGAAGGAUUCUAUAGUGAGAUUAAAGCCACUAAACCGCAAAUUGCGAAUCUGUGGAGGCUGAGCGGAAACCGGAUGGCACCUUUCGAUAAGGAAUUCUACAUCAACUUGGGAGUUGGUGUUGGCGGUCACUACGACUUCCAUCUGUUCCAAGAAAAACCUUGGAAGGACCUUUCUGUGAAGGCAAUGCACAUGUUUUGGAGUGCACGCGGAAGUUGGUAUCCAUCGUGGAAUAGUAAUAGCACGUUACAGGUUGAUUACGUUAAAGUGUACGCAAUUUGAAAUUCGGUAGUUAGUUUUCUGCAAAUGUUGCAACCAACGGCCAAUAUUUUGUUCCCCGAUUUACUUAGGUAUCGAAAACUGAACGAGAGAAAGACGAUAAAUAAGUUCCUUUACCAUUGAGAACUUUCGUAAUUGAGACGGUCCCGGUGUUGGGGUAAACAUCCAUACCUCUCAUGCCAAAGAGUCACGAGUUCAAAUCUCAUCCCCGGACAAGUCACGAAAGACCCAA